GUCAGAGCCAGUGGAACAGAUUCCUGAACCUCGAGGACAGCAAGAGUGAGAGAGGGAAGGAAGAGAGCGAGUGAGACAACAGACGGGUAUGGAGCUGAAAAUAAGGAAGAGGAGGGAACAGAGAAAACAUCAGGGUAGAAAUUAAGAAAAGGGCUAGUAAUGAGACAGUGAGAAAGAAAAAAGAGAGAGAUAGAGAGAGAAAGAAAGAGAGAGAGAGAGAGAGAGAGAGAGAGAGAGAGAGAGAGAGAGAGAGAGAGAUAGAGAGAGAGAUAGAGAUGGCACUGUUCCCAUGCUCCAGACUGCCCUCAGGUGUUCACUGUGCAAAUCGGAGGCGGCUGCUUGUGCUGUGUGUGUGCGUUCUCUCCGGACUGAUCUACUUUUUGAAGGGGAAGAGGUUAGCUGCAGUUUCCACACUUUUGCUGUCAGAAGUGGAGAGAAGAGAACCAGCUUUGGAAGGUGAAGAGCUUCCUGUGAAGACUCCUUGGGGUGCUCCUCUGGUGUGGGGGGACAGCGAGUCCUCAGCCUGGCGUAGGGACGAGUUUGCCCAUCACAACGUCCGCACUGGGUUGGCCAUCCUGGCCGUGGGGAACUAUAACUACUUCCUUCACCGCCUCAUUUCUUCUGCUGAGCUUCACUUCCUUCUCAACCUCUACGUCACCUACUACGUCCUAACUGACCGUCCAAGAGAACUGGACCCUCCUCCAAAACUGGGGCCCAACAGGCAGCUGAAGGUCAUCCCUGUGGCUGAAAUGCCGGGCUGGGAUAGGCUAGGUCUGCGGCGCAUGGCACUGCUGGCAUCCAUCAUUGGUGAGCGGAUUCAUUUGGAAGUGGACUAUGUGUACUGCAUUGACGCUGACCAGGAGUUCACAAACACAGUGGGUUCAGAAAUCUUGGGCAAGCUGACUGCCACCCUACACCCAGUAUUCUAUGGAAAGCCUCGACAUUAUUAUCCCUACGAGAACGACCCAGACUCGAUGGCUUAUGUAGCUGACGGCGAAGGUGACUAUUACUACACUUCCGAGUUCUAUGGCGGCCUGUGCUCAGAGGUGUUAGCCAUGACCCGGGCCUGCUCUUUACUCAUUCUACAGGACCAAGAGAGGGACAUUACAGCCCAGGAGCUCGAGGAGAGCUACCUGAACCGCUACUUGGUUAACCGUAGGCCUACCUGCGUUCUCUCCCCAGAAUACAGCUGGUGGGAGUCGCCCCAAGUCCCUGAAGUACCCACAAAAAGGAUUCAUUCUGUAAGCAGAAAGUGAUUAUCCAAAGGCAAUGUGAAGGUGAAUACAGAUGCUUGCUGAAGAGAAAAGAAGAUGGCGGUGGAGUAGAGAGAAAUGACCUUUCUAUACUCCACCCAAAAAUGGUUGACAAACAUUACAGAACAGCAGCAAAAAAAGAAAAAAAACAAAAAUCAACAUAAUGAGAAACUGUAUCACUCACAUUAAAGCUCCGAUGAAUAUUUUCUUGUUAUAAUUUGAAAGAUAUGGAGCCCUGCUGGUGACAUCCUGUAUAAAUAAAAAUAAUGUGUGGCCACGACUUAGUAAGGCAUGGGAAAAAGAUAAUAAAGUCAU